CACCCGACUGUUAGUCAUUUGUGUCAGUAGCCGCAGAAUAUGAGCAGAAGCCGAGAUAGCAGGGAUCGCCUUGAUCAUCUGGAUGGGGAGGUGAGCGAGGUUACCUCCCUUCUAAAGGACAAUGUUGAUAAAGUGUUAAGAAGGGGCGACAAGCUAGAUGAUAUCCAGCAGAAAGCAGAGGACCUUGAGUCCAGCUCCGUUCAGUUCCAGAGAAGUUCCAGAAGUCUUCGGCGGAAAAUGUGUUGUGCCAAUAUCAAGAUGACCUUGAUCUUAAUCCUGGUUGUGUUUGUUAUCAUUGCAGUCAUUGUGGUUAUUGUACUAAUGACUGUGAAACCAUGGGAACACUCAGACAGUGGUAAUGAUCACCAUGGAAACAAGACACUGAUGAAUGGAUAAUCAUUGACCUGAAUCCAUCAGUCCUCGGUGACUUCUUACUUAAAACAAGUCCCAGUGUACAUUCCACCUGCUUAUUAUGUGAUACUAUGUUAGUGAUACUCUCUGUGUGUUGUAGUGUUAUGUGUCAAUCAAUGUCCCAGUGUUGUAUGUAUAUAAAUUAAUAUAUAGAGAGAAAGGACUAAGUAUUCUUAGUAUAAAGUAUCCUGUAAAUGUAUAUUAUUUUAAUACAUGUGGCUGUGUAUUCUGUUUAGCGGUUUUGGCGGAAAGAAAUGUCAGCUAAUUCAAGUACAACGUGUCUUCCACACGUAGACAUAAAUAAGAACAUUGAGAAAUGGGCUAAAUCAGAUCUUCGCUAACUUGUUCCAAAAUCAAUUUCAGCCAAAUAUCGUACAUGCUAAUUAUAAUACAUUUACUGUAUAUAGAGUACUAAAUAUUCUUACUUACUGUUUCUACAUGUAUUUAACUAACUAACUAUUACUUCAUUUACCGUAUAAGCAGAAUUUUUAGCGAAGGUUUGAUUUUGGCAAUUUUAGCGAGGGUGCCAAGAUCGCUAAAAUUGAAUAUCGCUAGAAAUUAAAUGCACUUUAUUUGUAAUAGCAUCUUUAGUGUGCUUUUUAAAAUCGCUGAAAUUACAUCUCGCUAAAAAUAAAAUACCAAUUUUAAGGACAAAUCGCAAAAUUUGCGUCUAGCUAAAAUUUCCACUUAUACGGUAUUUAAAAUUUAAAUAUGUUAAAACUUUAUAGAGUAAGGCAAAGUGAUGUACAAGUCUAAUGGGCUGGAUAUAAUGUAAGUCAAAUUCUGUUGUAAUUAAGUUGUAUCCUGUAUUUAUAUAUGUCACUCUAUAAUAAUGAAGUAUUUAUACUAACUUAGUUUUCAGGGAAAUUAGUAUUGACAUUUAUAACAAACUCUUAGUCAUAAUGAUCAUGCAUUUUUGAAUGGUAUAUGGAAAUAUACAUGAAAUCAAUGCAAUGUAUUGACAUAAAGAUAAUGCAUAUAUUAAUUUUUAAAUGAGUUAUCACGAAACUGGCUUGAGAGAUUCUGCAUGGUCAAUUCGUUGGAGCUUUAAAAGUUUAACUACUGCAGUUCAAUGUUUAUUGAUACGGUCCCAGUGUAUAGUGAUGUUAUACAUGUAGAGUUCAAGAAUGCAUAAAUCAUUUCUUAGACCAUCUUUAAAAUAAUGUUUGUUUGCCCUCUCCCGACGCAGAAUGGGGGCAGGGGUGGAAUUAACGUUUCCUGGAGGUUAAAAAUUGUUUUGAAUUGUGCCAUUUUUAGCCAGUAGGGUAAGUGAGGAGAGGGCAAACAAUUUUUUUUAUAGGUGGGCUUAUUUCUUCAUAUUAUAUAUAUUAUGUGUAACUCAUGUUUAAAGACAAUGACAAUUGUUAUUUUGUGAAGUGCAAUACCCAGUUCAUAAAUAAUCUCAGUCUAUGUAUUGCUUCAAAUUACUUAUUUAAAUUUGUUUUGUGACUAUUAAAGACCAUGUAUGCAUAAGGAA